UUAACAUUCUACUUCAACACGCCGAUCCUCCCUUUCAUCGCGCCACAACGCUUUCCCUCCGUGUUGUUCGAAUGACGUCAAGAACAAACAUAAGCAAGAGCAGAACAGAUAGUAUAAAGGCGAAGGCAUGGAUCACACAAGCCAUUACACCGCAAGCCCUUCUUUUCCUCGGCCAUUCAGGACCUCGUCUGCCUCCACCGCCAUGAUCUCCAAGGUUGUGCUUCUCCUGGUGCCCCUGGCUGCCGUGCUGGCUUUUCCUGCUGACCUCAACACCUAUAAACAGGACGGGAUGCCAUACAACUUCGCUUACGAGGUGAAGGACGACUACGCCGGGUCUGACUUCGGCGCGCAAGAGAACUCGGACGGUAACACCGUGCGAGGAUCCUACACCGUGGCGCUCCCCGACGGGCGCAAGCAAACGGUGAACUACGAGGCCGACCACCAUAAGGGCUUCGUAGCUGAGGUGAACUACUACGGCGAGGCUCAGUACCCCCACGAGUACGGUCCCGCCAUCACCUUCAAGCCCAAGUACCAGAGCUCGGGCAACGGGUACCAACCACAGCCCUCAUACCAGUAGUCCAGCCACGUUUAUACACUUUGUUGAGAAUAUCAUUUAUGAAUGAAGUUACGGGGGUUGUGUAAUGGAAUAGCACCUAAGUCAGUUACUGCGCAGUGUAAUAGAAUACAGAUGAUGCAAUAAAACAAUCACACUAACUUGACAUUUUGGAAGCAUAUUUUUCCUGAAUAUUUUCUAAAAACAGGAGAUACACAUUUACGCACUGUUUCCCUACACAAAGAGAAAAAUAGUUUAUUUACAUCCACUUCUACAUUAUUUUGCUGUAAUUCAUUAAAACG